CCGGGCGGCACACCGGUGCGUCGUGCAUGUUUGUUUUUGUUGUUUGUUGUGGCGCAGUGUCUCGACGAAUGCGUCGCUGGUCGUUGUAUCGUCGUCGCCGUCAUGUAAAAUCUUUUUUUUCUUCGUUUCAUUCGUGAUUUUUCGGUUUCUUUCAGUCAUUUUCACACCGAUUUUUGUCGCCGUUUACUUAAUUGUUUGUUAUAUUAAAAUUAUAUUUUCUUACACUUUUUACAUACUGAAAUUAUAUUACACACACAUUUCGCGCACGUAUAAUAUCGUAUUGAAUAUCCGUUGUAAACUCGCACACAGUGUGGUUCAGUCGAAUGCGAAUUGUACAAGAACUGCCGAAGAUCAGAACAGACGUCAUCAAACCGUGUAUAUAUAGUACAGUACUCAGCAUCACCUGUCGGCCGAGGAAUUUAAAUGCUGGGCGAUUGAUCAUAAGGUGAUCAGAUGAUGUCGUCCAUGAAACCGGCUCCACUGCAGUUUGUCAAGCUGGCACCGUCCGAUCUCUAUCGUUCGGCGCAAGACCAGCUGAACAAAACGGCUGCAGUGGUCGUCAAGCCAAAACCAAAAGAAUUUGAUGCCGACUGGCAAUCGGACUUGGACAAUUGGAAAAGUAAUAGGAGAAAACAACAGGAGCAUAUCAUUGAGCGACUGGUAGAGGUGAAGAAAUUUGAAACGGAUAGGUUGGAUGAUGGGUUCCGGAAAAGGAGCAAAACGUUUAACGAGAUGAUACAAGAAAGGGGUAGGAGCGGUCGAUUGAGGAGUUUACCCGCACUGUACCAGGACGACGACGACGGUAAUGAUCUCAGCGACCUUGGCCUGAGUACGAGCAAGAAGAACUGCGUCGACGACUAUGAUGAAGAUGAGAUGCUACGGAAUCACACAACAGAAGACCAUCGUAGUCGUUCGAAUGACAGCAAUGUCGAGGAACGAGUGCAGCAUCAAUUCGAUUGCCGAACCGAAGACCUGGCUGAAGAGGAUCGCGAGGACGAAGACGUAUUCCGUGGAGCCAAAGAACCCGCGGCUGUGGCCGUCAAAACGGCAACAGUGCAGACGGUUGCCGCUGUCAUGGUGGCGGCGACCGAGCCGAAUGUAGCCGAGAACGGAUACGACAAGGCCAUUAAAGACUACGUUGAUUUCGCUGAGUCCAAGCGGACUUCCGUGGCCAAGUGUGAAGAACAGCCGCUGCUGUCUCGUAAGCCCGCCGUAGCUGAGAUAAGGCGUCGGAUGUCAGCGCCCAAAAUCGAAGAGAAAGUCAUGUUGCUCAAGACGCGAUCGCAAUCCACAAAAGACUUGAACUCCGCCGCCACCAAUGAACUGCCCAAGGUAGACAUUGUUAAGCGCCGGGAGAUAUUCGAGAAGAUUUGUUUGGAGACUAAAACUACCGAUGUGCAGCACAAUAUCGUGGCUAGACAACCGUCACUCGCGAAAAAGAAAUCUCUCAAAGUACCGCCGACAUCAUCGCCACCGGCAAGUGUUGCUGCUUCUGUCACGGAUGAUUUUUCGGAACAAAUGGUCGAAGAUAUCAUAUAUCCACCCGAAUCGCCGUUGCCAGCAACAGAUCCAUCCAAGGCCGUUGAGCCACAAAGUGAACAGCAAAUAACGUACAGUACCGAGGAAGAAAUACUGCAACAUCGCAAUCUAGCCGUUGAAUCAGAAAUUGAAGACGAAAUAAUCGCAGCGGCGACGGAGGAAGAGAUGAUGGCCGAAGAAGAAAAACCCAUAGUAGCACUGGAGAAAGAACGUGUUUGCAUGGUGGAAGACGAGUACCACCAUCACCUGCAGCACAUUCGCCAUCAUCAGCAGCUUUCGUCCCUUUCCGAUCUAGUCAGCCGGCACUCGAUCGACAGCUUGGACCAGGAAUGUGGUCACACAGCUGAAGACCCGGAUGACGGUAACUAUCCGGGUUCGUGUCUAAGCGCCGAAGACAGUGGCGUGCACACCGAGGACAUGUCGAGUUGCGUGAGCCAAGCCGACGACGAAGAACGGUCCAAUUUGCAGCCCAGUCCUGUGCUGCUGCAGCAGCCAUCGAACGUCGUCCAACAACACGUCGACGACACGUAUAACAUGGUACUUGAAUUGACACCCGUCAACGCACUGGAACCACCCAAAGAGAAACCACCUCCACCACCUGUAGACGCGUAUCCUGACGAUGAUAGUCAGGUACAACUUCCGCUAGAACCCGCCAUGGACAUCUUGGAGUCGGCCAAACGCAUAAAGAAAGAAAUGUGGAUGAAACGUUCCAGUUUCCUUGGUCUGGAAGAAUACACGAACGGUAAUGCCAGCUACGAGCACGAUUUGGAAAAUUUGAAGUCCAAACCCCCCGAUUUAUCGUUGUUUUUAGAAGAGGAGCGUCGACUAGAAAAACUUUUGUACAACCAGAACAAACCCGAACGGCAACCACAUGAUACCACCAGGAUUUACGAGAACGUCAACAAUAUUCCGUCACAGAACGUGUAUGUAGACGACGGUGGUGACAGCGAGAGUAGUCAAUAUAUGAGAGACAUAUUACAAGUAGAAGAACAGAGUCGAUGUAAUCAGUUGAAGAAUAAAGCAGCUCAAAAUAAUAUAGGUGAAAAAUUAGUGAAAAAAUUAAAAGAACUCGAAGAGGACCUAAAUAAUCAAGAGUGCGCUCGGGUAGGAUCGGCUCACUGGUUGCCGCCGCCCACCCGCCACUCAAUGCAAGACAUCUCAUCAUCUGCUUCUGUCACGAACGCCGGACCACAGCCACCGACACUGGACCACACUCAGUCCAUGCCAAACUUGGAGCAACAGCAGCCUGUUCAUAGCAUCAAUCAACCCGAAGAUUUUACAUGGUCUUCUCAGAACGGUUGUCCUAGACCGGUCCAGCAGAACGUCUACGCCAAAAGAAAGCCGAUUAAUAGUCAGUCAGAAAAAUAUAAUUACCAACAUUGGCUUAUUCAAGAAGCAGAACACCGUCGUCUAGUCGACCGAUGUAAUCGUCAAGUGCCGCCCGGCGCAAUUGCAUCAAACCAACCACGAUCGCGUACUAGGCCGGCUCUGCCGCCUCCUCCACCGCCGGCACACAACAAAAAACCUUUGCCCGACUCAGUCAUUAAUACCUUGACUCAGCGCGUGCAAGACCGUCUAUCAUUCAACGAUUUUCACAGACACGAUCACAUCACCAGCGAUGCUGCUCCACAAGAAUCGAUGUUGAGCGUCAGUGGCAAGAAGAAGUGUUCGCACUGCGCAGUGGAACUUGGCCGAGGCGCCGCCAUGAUCAUUGAGAGCCUGCAAUUGUUUUAUCACAUUGAGUGCUUCAAGUGUUGCGUUUGCUGCGUACAGUUGGGCGACGGCUUAAUGGGAACUGACGUACGGGUCAGGAACAAAAAGUUGCAUUGUCACAAUUGUUUUUCGAGUGAUGAUGGUACGUCUUGUUUGUUAAAUGUUAAUCACACCUACUUUUAAUAAAUCAGUAAUCAAGUGGUCGCCGUGAUUAUAAUAUUUUGCCAUUGAUGUGUUUGCAGGAGUAAAAUUCAGUUGCGUAUAGGAAGUACGUAAAGUGAAAUAGUAUUAAAACAUAUAAAAUACGAAUUCAAGUGUUAAAAUUUUUAAAAAUAUUUUAUUUAAUAUGUAUAAUGUAAUAUUAUAUAAUAUUAUAAAGAGAACGA